CGCGAGAGACUCCAACCUCUGGCCUGCGAAGAUGAAGGCACGCCUCGUCUCUCUCUCACUUGUCGUCCUCCUCCCUUUCAUCCCCUGGAUCAACGGACAGAGCCUGUGUCCCCAACCCGACGACAUUUCUCCCUGUUCCUGCUCGUACGAUGCUGAAACCAAGGCUGUGACGGUUGUUUGUAGUACCGUAACUUCGGUCUGGGAGAUUUUCUCGGCCUUCAAUGAAGUCAUUUGGCCAUUCACGGAAUUAAAUACCUUCGUGAUGAGGCACAAUGAUGCGAUCAUGGAGUGGCCAGAAGGACUGUUCGGAAAGGUCACAUUCGAAAACAUAAUCCUUGGGUAUACCAGCGUGACCACCAUCCAUCCAUCGGUUUUAAUUUCCUUAAAAGAUCGCAUCGUAACGCUGGAUUGCCAAACGUGCGGGCUGCAGGACUUCCCCUGGGACAUCGUCCCCCAGCUAACUCAUCUUCAGGUUUUCUACAUUAAUGACUAUUAUAAUCCGAUCAUGGAGAUUCCUCAAGGAUUCUUCGAGAGCAUGGAGAGUCUACAAAAUGCUUCGAUUCACGGUUGUCAGCUGGGUCCGGUGCUUGCGAACGGAACAAUGGAAUUUCAUAGUCAGGUUUUGGCCAAGAUUUCUCUCGGUGGUAACGAAAUCUCCAGCGUGGAAUCACAUGGAAUCAACGGUUUGAUUGCUCACACGAUUAUAAGGCUUUGGUGGAACGAUAUCCAGGAAUUGACGGAAGAGUCCUUCAGGCCUAUUUUGGAGGUGCUCUCAACUGGAAGUGGAUAUAUCGAUUUCGGCGAUGCCUCAACUGGCGAUGCCAUCGUGUGUGGCUGUAGCAUGGCAUGGAUCGUGCUGAAUCCCGAUUUCCUGGCGAGCAUCGUGGGAACAUGCGCUGAUGGGAUUGAUUUUCAAGACCUGGAUCCUGAAUAUUUUGAAGAUUUCUGCUUGAAGACGAAUCCCCCUCGCGAAGGCGACUUCUUCACAUGGAUUCAUUCCGAUCGCAGUUCCACAAUCGAAGGGAAUCCUAGAGGCCCAUGAAGAUGAUUAUUGAACAUAAAACUAUUGGAAUGUC